AUGGCUUUUGAAGAUGACCAAACUUCAUCAUCAUCUUCGUCUGAUCAUGAUGUUACUGUUAAUAAAGAGAAACACUUUGAUUUUUCUUCGUGUUCAAUGAAUAAUAAUGUACAAUUUAAGAGGAGGGCAGGUAGAAAAAAAUUCAAGGAGACUCGACAUCCAUUAUAUAGAGGAGUUAGGAGGAGAAACAGAGAUAAGUGGGUGUGCGAAAUACGUGAGCCAAAUAAAAAAUCAAGAAUUUGGUUAGGUACUUUCUCCACUCCUGAAAUAGCAGCUAGGGCACACGAUGUUGCUGCCCUAGCUCUCCGGGGAACAAAGGCUUCGCUUAACUUCCCCGGCUCCGCUUGGUCUCUCCCUAAAGCUAAAUCUUCUUCUCCUAGCGAUAUCCAAAUCGCGGCUCUUCAAGUUUCCAAAGAAGUUGUGAAACAUACUUUGGAGUUAGAGGAAGAACCUUUAUGUUCUCAUGAUCAAAGGCCAAAAGAUGAUCAAGAGAAUUCUUUAAUGGAGUUUGUGGAUGAGGAGGCCAUGUUUAAUAUGCCAGUACUGAUUGAUAGCAUGGCAGAGGGGAUGCUUCUAACUCCACCAGCUAUGAAAAGAGGCUUUAAUUGGGGUGAUGUUGAGGAAGACGUUGAGUUCACCUUGUGGAAAGAUUGAUCCCACAGGGCCACAUGUCUGAUUCAUGUGUUAAAAUAGGCUUUUGUACGUGUGAUUUAGAAUUAUUAUCUGAUAUUAUGAUUUUAAAUGAACUUUCGAACAUGCG